UACACAUCAAUCUUCAUUAAGUGAAGCCCUGCCUAUACAUACUCACUAUUUAAAAUGCUGUAGAAAAUUCCCAUCGUCCCACACCCAACAAGAAAAACGACUUCAGGAGAAACAACACGACCAACAAUUGAAAAUGACUGAUCCAGAGCCCUGCAAAAUAAAAAAUGACGACACUGAGGAACAAAGUGAACAAUGUGGAGCUGAGGAGACACCUCAUCAUCUCCACAAACAACAAAGCACUCAAAAAAGAGGAGAGAAACGUCCCUUCACCUGCUCUCUGUGUGGAAAGGGCUCCAUGCGAAAAUCAGACCUGAAGAAACACAUGAGAAUCCACACCGGAGAGAAACACUUCACGUGCCAUCAGUGUGGAAAGAGCUUCGUGAGAGCAAAUAUUCUCAAAAAUCAUCUGCUCUCUCACUCAGGAGAAAGAUCAUUUGGCUGUGAUCAGUGCGAUAAGACAUUCGUUUUGGAGGUGUACCUAAAGAGACACAUGAAAGUUCAUGCUGCUGUGAAACCUCAUGUUUGUACUUUUUGUGGAAAGAGUUUUGCACUAAUGCAAACUCUACAAGUUCACCAGAGUAUUCAUACUGGAGUGAAACCUCAUAUGUGCUUUGACUGUGGGAAGACCUUUACUACAUCCAGCGACUUAAAAAUACACCAGAGGAUUCACACUGGAGAGAAACCUUACAAGUGCUCACACUGCGACAAGAGUUUCGCUCAUUUAUCAUCUCUGAAAACGCACGAGAGAGUUCAUACUGGAGAAAGGCCGUACCAGUGCUCUUCAUGCAGGAGGGGUUUCACCAAUUUACCAAAUUUACUGAAACAUAAGAAAAGGUGUUGCCUAAAGAGGUCUACAUGACUUACAAGCCAAUAGUUUGAUAUUCUGAUAGAGCAAGCAAUGUAACCUAUUGGGCCAAAUUUGCAGAAGAUUGUUGAAUAUUGUUUGCUCAACAAUGGAAGUUGCUUUAAAAUGCCACAGUUUUAGUUGGGAUGUUUUAUGUUGGGGAGUAAAAUAAGUGAACGAUAUCGAUUAGUCCAUUACUUCUACAUCCAUAUGCUGAGCAAAUUGUUGUUGGUUAGGUUGUUAAGAGGUGGUGUGAUGCACUUUUAUUAUUAUUUAUUAUUACUACUGAUCUCAUUUGUUGAAUCUAUUGUCAUAUACAGUAUAUCGUAUGUAUAAUUUAUGCUACAGCAAU